AUGUUGUUUCUUCUCUUCUUUCUCAUGGUGGCUUUUACCCUGGGCAAGGGUGAACCACCCAAGAAUAAUCAUGUCGCCGGCAUGGAGUUUUAUGACACUAAACAGCAACAGGCUAACUUGUGGAAAGCAUUAAAAUUCUGGGCUAAAGAGGGAUCCGUGAAGAAUUCCAUGAACUGUAAAGCGUGCAUUGGUGUCCUACAAUAUCUGCAACACCAGGUAACGCUCGAUGGCGAUGACAAGUUUAUACUCAACGCUAAAGCGCUAUGUGACAAACUCGAAGACCGCCACAAGAAGCCCGAGUGGGGAGAAGUGUGUCGAGGCGUGGUGGAGGAACACGGACGGAUCUUUACCAACACCUUGCGAAGCAUGGACAGGGUACCCAAGUCUCAAGCGGCAACAAUGCUUUGCAAUAGAUGGAUCAAGACUUGCCUUAGUGAGAAUCCGAAACCGAAGCUUGCCCUUACAAAGCGGAAGCGAGAGCGCGGUCGCCCGGAGCCCAGUGGCAAGGAGCCCAUUAAAAUUGUUCACUUUUCAGAUCUCAACAUCGAUCCUGAAUAUGUUGAGGGGGCGAGAGCCGAGUGCGAUAACCCUGUGUUGUGUUGCAGACUCCCCGGAGGCCUUGAAACCCUUUGGGAUGAAAAGAACAAGCACCCGGCUGGCCCGUAUGGUCAUCCCAGAACCUGUGACACUCCUCCUCUACUCGAAGAGAGCAUGUACCAAGCCAUAAGGAAACAUGUACCGGACGCGGCGUUUUCGAUUUUUACUGGCAAUGUUAUGGGACGCCAAGUAUGGAAGUCGUCACCGGAGGUGAACGCACAGCAAAUCGAGCGCGCCUACGGUAAGAUGAGCGAAUACCUCAAGGUAGUCUACGGCGUGGUCGGUAACCUCGAGAGCUCCCCUGUGAAUUCAUUCCCAUACGGAAACGUCUCUGAAAGCAACAGCCAGCAAUGGCUUUACGACAGGCUGUCGGCGGACUGGGGUUCGGCGUCUGGCUCCAUCCAAGAAGGAGAAAUCCAGACAGGGGGACGUUACUCUACCAAAGUACCCGGAGGGAACCUUCGAAUCAUCUCCAUCAACACCAAUCUCUACUACUCUGGCAACUUGUGGCUGUAUAAAGAUCCGGUGGACGUUGACCCAGAUGGCCAACUCGAAUGGUUGGCAAACGAGCUGGAGUUGGCUGAAGAAGCAGAAGAAAACGUCUGGAUCCUUGGCCAUAUGGGAUUUGGAGAUGCAGAUGUCAUGCUGCACGCUUCCCACGCCUUCAACCAGAUUCUUCAGCGGUACUCAGGAACCAUAGCAGCCCUGUUCUUCGGCCAUACCCACAUGGACCAAUUCCAGAUCAACUAUAGCAACAAAACCACGACCUGGAAUGAUCGCGAUCACAAGCACGGCGAAGCACAUAAACAAAGGAACUCUUCGAAUGCCAUCGUCACGUCAUACCUUGCGCCGUCACUCUCCCCGUUCCGCGGGAACCCAUCUUUCCGCGUAUACGACGUCGAUCCGGAGACAUUCGGAGUGUUGGACGUGACGACUUACAUGGCAGACAUGAAUGACGAAGCUUUCCAAACCGGUCCAGAGUGGAAAGAAUACUUCUCAGCCAGGAAAGCCUACGCGAAAUUGGUGAAGCCCAAACUUACGGAUCCCAGCGUUGAGCUUACAGCAGGGUUUUGGCACAACCUAACUAAGUUCUGGAAUACUGCGCAGUACUCAAAGUACUAUGGCCGCAGGACACAGGGCGCGAAAUUAUGGAAGGGAAGGCAAGCAGAUUGGUGGAACGAAAUCUGCUCGAUGAAGGGGGGGUUGGCUGAAGAAAACUGUAUCAGUGACACGGUGGACGACAGGAUGAAAAGAGAAGAUGAGGCGGGGCAGGCGGAGAAACUAAAGAACAUAAUCAAGAAAAAGAAGAAGCAGAAGGAGACGUUGCAGGGGGAGGACGACUAA